CCCUGCUCGCCUUUGUCACCCAGCGCCAACACGGGUGCUGUCACAGGCCAUCCAUCAGCCGUUCGGUGCUGGACUCUCGCCGCUGAUGAGAUUAACGCCGCGGUGACGAGCCGAGCACGUUGACCGCGCGCCUGACCCGCCUCAUUGCCCAGGUAGCGAACUGAGGGGGCGGGCCUACGGACGUGACGUUACAUACGAAGAUGAGCUUUAUCCAAUAAACGCAACACGUUUAGUUUGGCUUGUAGAUUAUCCUCGAAGCAUCGCUAUGGCUGCUGGUGGCUCAACUUGGGCAAAUUAAGUCCAAAAAAGCGACCUAGACAUCCUCAAGUAUGGAUCCAACUUUCAUCUUGUCAGCCGUCAUCUUCACGCUGCUAGCCCUGGUAGUCGCGACGUCGCUGCUGAACGGCUCCCAAGACCCGCUGAACGGCAGGAGUUACCCUGUACCCGGCGAGCCGGCGGCCAAGCAGAACGGCCACGUACCGGACACGAAGCAGAGCAAGAAGAAGGCGGUGGACGACUGGUGCGAACUGAGCGGCAGCUCCCACGACCACUGGGACGUGGUGAAGUCUGUGCAGUCAGAGGAGGCGCCGCCCGUCCCCGCCAGUGAGCAGCCGGCGCCCGAGCGCUCCUCCUCAUCGGCGUCCAGCCUGUCCGUCCCCAGGCCCGACUCCCGGCACACGAGCUUUGACUCGUCGUCCGAGGCCUCGUUGGGGCGCGGGCGCCGCUCCUUCAUCGGGCUCUCUGAUCAGGAGCUCCUAAAGUGUGCUUUCUCUCACUCCCAGACCGAAGGAGCCGCAGAGAGCCCGGAGGUGAUCGCAGACAAGACGGACUGCAAUACGAACAAUUCCUUCCAGUACGUCCCAGGAAAGUCGCGAUCCCACCAUAUGGAGAUGAUGAUGUCCAAAGAGGAACUGGAGGAGGAGCAGAGGGUGCAACGGGAGCAGUUGGCCGCCAUCUUCCAGCUGCUGAGAGACAACACGGAGACGUUCGGGGAGGUCUCGGAGGGAGACAUGGAGGAGCAGCUACGUCUCUACUCCAUCUGAGACCCCCGCCGGGAACUCUUGUGCGUUGCCUUACAUGCAUGUGAGCGCUAGCGAAGGACGCCACCGCCGCCCGCCCUGUACCAAACUUGCCGGCUCCAAUCCAGCAAGCACCUUCUCGGUCCGUUGUGUUGUUGUUGUUGUUUUUGGACGUUAUUCCUCGGCUGAGUUGAGAAGCAGAUGGACUUUUUAUUUCCAAACCCAAAGCAUGAUUUUUGUAGCCACAACGGAAGCAAGUACAACAUAAAUGCUGUUAUUUUCCCAGCUACAACAACCCCUAAAGACCCCCUCUGUUGUGUAAUAAAUCACACAAAAGUAA